AUGUCCGCCACGGCGCAGCCAGACUCCUCGCUGAGUGAUGACUCCUCGGAAUCCCGCCCGUCCAUCAAAGAGAACACCGACACCCUGAGAGCCAAUGUUAACAACUACAAGACUCGCAACAGUCCCUCGGGCGACUCGUCCCGUGAACUCGGGGUCACGUGGAAAGACUUGACCGUGCGGGUUCGCAGCUCCGAAGCUGCCGUGCACGAGAACGUCCUGUCUCAGUUCAACAUUCUGAAUGCCGUGCAGAACGCUCGACGGAAACCAGAACUUAGCACCAUCUUGGACAAGAGCCAUGGUUGCGUGAAACCAGGGGAGAUGCUGCUCGUCCUUGGCAGGCCGGGUUCCGGAUGCACAACCCUGCUUAACCUCUUGGCCAACCGCCGGCUGGGAUACGAGAGCGUGACUGGCAGUGUCCACUACGGGUCUCUCGCUGCACCCGAGGCAAAACGAUAUAGAGGCCAGAUCGUCAUGAACACCGAAGACGAGCUGUUUUUCCCCGCCUUGACAGUGGGCCAGACCAUCGAUUUCGCGACUCGACUGAAAACGCCCGCUUUUGCCAGUGGCUCGAUGCCAGGCAAUGACAAGGAAGGACUUCGCCUCGAGAACCGAGAAUUUCUCCUGCGCUCCAUGGGCAUCGAGCACACCAUCGAUACCAAGGUCGGUAAUGAGUAUGUGCGCGGAGUGUCAGGUGGCGAGAGGAAGAGAGUCUCCAUCGUUGAAUGCCUGGCGACUCGAGGCUCAAUAUUCUGUUGGGACAACAGCACCAGGGGCCUGGAUGCGAGCACAGCCCUCGAAUACGCAAAGACAAUCCGGACCAUGACUGACGUCCUCGGCCUUGCCUCCAUCGUCACUCUUUACCAAGCUGGUAAUGGAAUCUACGACCUAUUCGACAAGGUUCUCGUCCUCGACAAAGGGCGCCAAAUCUACUACGGCCCCAUGAGCGAAGCGCGACCGUACAUGGAGAACCUUGGCUUUGUCUGCCGGGAGGGAUCCAACGUGGCCGACUACCUCACCGGUGUGACGGUGCGAACAGAACGCAAAAUUCACCCAGACUAUGAGCACACGUUUCCUCGCACCGCCGAGGCUGCCCAGGCGAUCUACGAGGCAUCCGAUCUCAACGCUCGCAUGCGCCUCGAAUACGAUUACCCGAAUACUGACGCUGCUCGCGAAAGGACGCGCCUCUUCGAAGAGGCAGUCUCCCAGGAGAAGCACCCGAGACUUUCGGCGAGCAGUCCAUGGACAGUGGACCUUGCCAGCCAGGUAUUGUCAUGCGUCACCAGGCAGUAUCAGAUAAUCUGGGGCGACAAGGCUUCAUUCUUCCUAAAACAGUUGUCUAGCAUUGCCAUGGCUCUGAUUUCCGGCUCGCUCUUUUACAACGCUCCAGCCAACUCUGGUGGAUUGUUCCUCAAAGGCGGUGCUCUGUUCUUCGCCCUCAUGUUCAAUGCGCUACAGGCAAUGUCCGAGGUGACGGACUCGUUCACGGGCAGACCUGUACUUCUCAAGCACAAGCACUUUGGGUUCUUCCACCCCGCUGCUUUCUGUAUUGCACAGAUUGCCGCCGACAUACCGAUCAUAAUCUGCUCCACGACUUCAUUGUCGGUGGUGUUGUAUUUCAUGGUCGGCCUGACCACGACUGCCUCGGCCUUCUUCACCUUCUGGGUUGUCUUAUUCGCCACAUCCAUGGCCAUGACCGCAGCGUUCCGAUUCAUCGGCGCCGCAUUCUCUGAGUUUGGGGCCGCAUCGGCAGCCUCGGGCGUAUUUGUCAUGUUUUCCAUCCUGUACAGCGGCUACAUGAUCCGCUUUUCCCAGAUGCAUCCGUGGUUCGGCUGGACCUAUUGGAUUAACCCACUCUCGUAUGGGUUUGACGCCGUCAUGUCCAACGAGUUUGCUGGAACGACAGUUCCCUGCGUCGGGGCCAACAUUGUACCACUCGGUGCCGAGUAUACCGAUCCUGCACACAUGUCGUGUGCCGGCGUCCCGGGACUGGUUCAAGGAGAGACCUCCGUCUCUGGCGACGCCUAUCUUGCCGCGCUUUCGUACUCCGGCAGCCACAUCUGGCGCAACUUUGGCAUUCUCUGGGCGUGGUGGGCCCUCUUCGCAGCUCUCACAAUACUGUGCACAAUGAGGUGGAAAUCCGCAGCCGAAGGAGGCAGCCCCGUAGCGACCCCUCGGGAGCUGGUCACGAAGACCACAGGCCAGCGGAAAGACGAGGAGGCUCAGCCUGUUCCGGAGUCUUCCGCAGAGAAGCGUAGCUCUCAGUUUGAAGCGCCACCGCCCGGCAGACAAGGCUCAGUUGUGAAGAGAUCCGUCACUGCGAGUCUUGUGCGCAACACCUCGGUGUUCACCUGGAAAAACCUUAGCUACACAGUCAGCACGCCUGGAGGGCCGCGGAAGUUGUUAGACGACGUCCAGGGCUGGGUGAAGCCUGGCAUGCUUGGCGCACUCAUGGGCUCAUCUGGGGCCGGCAAGACCACGUUGCUCGAUGUCCUCGCCCAACGCAAGACCGAGGGGACAAUCAAUGGAUCCAUCAUGGUUGACGGCCGCCCGCUUCCCGUCUCCUUCCAGCGGAUGACGGGCUAUUGCGAACAGCUCGAUGUCCACGAACCGUACGCCACGGUCAGGGAAGCACUCGAGUUCUCAGCUCUCCUGAGGCAGCCAAGAGACGUCCCACGUCAGGAGAAGCUCGACUACGUCAACAUCAUUAUCGACUUGCUCGAGCUCAACGACCUAGCCGAUACUCUUAUCGGCACUGUCGGUGCCGGGCUGACGGUUGAGCAGCGCAAGCGAGUCACCAUCGGUGUCGAGCUAGUUUCGAAACCUAGUAUUUUGAUCUUCCUCGACGAGCCUACUUCGGGUCUAGACGGGCAGUCAGCCUUCAACACGGUCCGCUUCUUGCGCAAGCUCGCCGAUGUGGGCCAGGCCAUCCUCGUCACGAUCCACCAGCCCUCCGCGCAGCUGUUUGCACAGUUCGAUUCGCUCCUGCUUCUCGCCAAAGGUGGCAAGACAGUUUACUUUGGAGACAUCGGCGACAACGCGGCCACAAUCAAGGACUACUUCGCACGCCAGGGAGUCCCUUUCCCCGUCGACGCGAAUCCGGCCGAACACAUGAUAGACAUUGUUUCGGGUCACCUCUCGCAAGGACGCGACUGGAAUUCCGUGUGGCUCUCGUCGCCAGAACAUGCCGCGGUAACGAAGGAGCUCGAGACCAUCAUCUCGACCGCAGCAUCAGAGCCUCCAGCCACGCUGGAUGACGGCCGAGAAUUUGCUACAUCGCCAUGGGAACAGACACGCCUCGUUACGCAACGUAUGAAUGUAUCGCUGUACCGCAACACGGAAUACGUCAAUGGCAAGCUGAUGCUGCACGUUAUGUCUGCUCUUGUUAACGGCUUUUCGUUCUGGAUGAUUGGCGACUCCGUGGGAGACCUCCAGCUUCGCCUCUUCACCAUUUUCAACGUCGUCUUUGUCGCCCCCGGAGUCAUCAAUCAGCUCCAGCCCCUCUUCAUUGCUCGCCGCGACCUGUUCGAGGCACGGGAGAAGAAAUCUAAAAUGUACUCCUGGGCGCCAUUCGUAACGGGCCUGAUCAUCUCGGAGAUGCCCUACCUGUGCGUCUGCGGAGUUCUCUACUUUGUCUGCUGGUACUACGCGGUCGGAUCCCCGGUCGACUCGUCUCGCGCAGGCGCAACCUUCUUCAUGAUUCUGGUAUACGAGUUCCUCUACACGGGGAUCGGGCAAUUCGUCGCGGCCUACGCGCCCACCGUGGUCUUCGCAUCCCUCCUCACACCGUCGCUCGUCGGCAUCCUGGUCUCCUUCGCCGGCGUGCUCGCCCCCUACGAGCAGAUCGUCGCCUUCUGGAGGUACUGGCUGUACUGGAUGAACCCGCUCAACUACUUCAUGGGAGGCAUGCUCGUCUUUGGCGUCUGGGGCACCCCUGUCAUCUGCGACGAGAGCGAGUUUGCCAUUUUUGAUCCUCCCGCGUCGGAGACAUGUGGUGCUUACCUUGCUUCUUACAUGCAAGGGGCUGGAGCCGCCAGCUACUUGGCUAACCCGGAUGCCACUUCUGCCUGCAAGGUAUGUCAGUACAGCAACACCAAUAGCUACUUGCAGAGCGUAAACCUGCUUGGGUACGAGUAUGGGUGGAGAAACGCGGGCAUCUGUGUUCUCUUUGUCGUGAGCUCGUACGGGCUCGUGUAUGGACUCAUGAAGCUUCGGACGAAACGUUCGAAGCGGGCAGAGUAAGUAGAAUGUAGCAUGUUGAGGUGCUUGGAUAAUGCAUCAUCCGCUUGGGUAAUUGGGCUGAGGGUUGAGCAAGGAUCGGCCAUGACUAGAA